GCAGGUUUGAUGUCAAAAGGAUGCGCCGCGCAGCUGUUCUGUUGUGAUUCGGCUGAAGAAAGGACAAACACAGAAAACUCCUGGGGAAGCAACUGAGAUCCUUGUGACACUAUUAUAAAGAUGGCGUUUAUUAAAGUGGAGAGUGAAGACAUGAAGAUUGAAGAAGUAUUCAGUUUGAAACAAGAAGAUACUGAGGAACAAACAAAGAUGGCGUUUAUUAAAGAGGAGAGUGAAGACCUGAAGAUAGAAGAAACAUUCAGAGUGAAAAAAGAAGAAACUGAGGAACAAACAGACCUGAUGGUGCUAAAAGAGGAGAUUCAAGAUCUGAAUGAAACAGAAGAGAAACAUCAGUAUGAGAAACAUGAUUUCACAAGUUGCUCACAGACUGAAAAGACUUCAUCAGAAAGAGCUCAAAAUACAACAAAAAUAAGUUAUUUCACCUGCCAACAGUGUGGGAGGAGUUUCACUCAAAAAGGACAUCUUAAAACUCACAUGAGAAUUCACACUGGAGAGAAGCCUUACACAUGUCAACAGUGUGGAAAGAGUUUCACACAUCAAGGAACCCUUUAUACCCACAUGAAAGUUCACACUGGAGAGAGCUCUUACACCUGCAAAAUCUGUGGAAAAACCUUGAAUCGAAAAGGAAAUCUUAAGACUCACAUGAGAACUCACACCGGAGAGAAACCUUUCACAUGUGAUCAGUGUGGAAAAUGUUUCACACGUAAAGAAAGCCUUAAUAACCAUGUGAGGAUUCACAUAAAAGAGAGCGGUUGUAUAUGCCAUCAGUGUGGAAUGAGUUUCACAGACAUGAAACAACUAAAGACACAUGUAAUAACUCACACCGGAGAGAAGCCUUACAUGUGCCAUCACUGUGGAAUGAGCUGUGCAAACAACACAAACCUUAAAGUCCAUGUGAGAAUUCAUACUGGAGAGAAGCCUUACAGCUGCCAACAGUGUGGAAAGAGCUUCACUAGAAAAGAGUGUCUUAAAGCCCACAUGAGAGUUCACACUGGAGAGAAGCCUUAUGCCUGCAAAGUGUGUGGAAAGAGUUUCACAAAUAAAGGAACCCGUUAUAGCCACAUGAAAGUUCACAAUGGAGGGAAGCGUUUCACGUAUCUUUAGUGCGAGAAGAGUUUCACACAUCAAAUAGAUAUGAAAAGUCAUUUGCAAACAUUCUGGCAAGACAUUGCAGUGUUCUAAAUGUAGAAAGAGGUAUUUCUGUCAACAUUUACUGAUGUUGUUCCAAACCUGUAAGAUAUUUUUGAUGAAAUCUGAGAGCUUUCUGUCCCUCCAUUGACUGCUACAUAACUACCACUUUGAUACCUCAUAAAUAGAUUGUGAUCCAUUUGAAUUGAGUGGUUUAGUCUAAAUUUUAUGAAGAGACUUAAUUGCUUUAUAUGAUGAACAGCUUGAAUUUGGGCUUUUAUUUAGUGCAGUCUAUUUCAGCUUUUCCCCUCCGUUUGGUAUAAAACACUUUGUGGUCAUCCAGUUUGAAAUGUUGACUACAAACACAAUGGUUUUUCAGAUUGUCUGCUGCGUCAUUCUCUUUGUAUUUACGAUUCUUAGCAGCCUUUAGCCGUUGCUACAAUGCUCUGGAUCCUUUAAACUGAAAGUAACUCACUUUCACUAAACAUUUACUCUUUGAAUUUUUUCACUUGGGAACAAUAUGAGUCAACACCAUUAUGACUGAAAGUUUGCUAAGAAGUGUUUCCUACUAAAGCAAGGUGGUAUUUGACUCUGGUAAGUGUAUCCAGAGCAGACUGGUAGGAGUGGCCUUCGAUGGAAACAUGCCCAGUGCAUUAUGGGUGUUGAAGUUUUCCUACCUUUUUGGCAAAUCGGAAGAUAGCAGCAAUUAUUUCUGUUAUCUUUAGACAGGUAGCACUGAUUAAAAAAAAAAAAAAAAUCCACCUUUCUACUGUAUAGGCAGCCACAUUUAAUGAAAAGCCCAUUUUACCAAUGGUGAAGUACCCCUUUAGGAUUAACUCUGCCAACAGUUUCUGUGAUCUGAAUCUUCUUAUUGAUUUCAUUGUAUUUUUUUCAUUGGAUGGGAAAACAGUGGAGAAGGCAGUUGGCGAAUCCACCAAUUCAUGAACAACUGGAAUCACACUCCAGUUGUUUGUGAAUUGGGCUAAACUGGUUGCACUGUGUGUUUCUGACUCACCAAGAAGAGGUUCAUAAUAGUAAUUUGUUAAUGAAGCGGACUAUACUGAGUGCACUACAUGCGUGUGCAGCUCACAAGGACAACUUACAGUUGUUAUUAUAUUAUUUUAUACAUUAUUUUACGCUACAUUGUCAUCACAUUGAAGCUCCGCUGCUGAAAAAUGGUAAAGGAAACACUACUUGCAUUUAUAUUUUAUACUGGAAUAAUUUUGGGGUGGCAAUGCUUUUUCUUAGGGUGGCAGUUUCCAUCCUGGUAGAUUCACCCCUGGCUGCAAGAUUUGCUUUAUUUCAUAUCAUUGACCAUUACACUACAUUUGUCUUACCUGUACCUUAUAGUAAAGAGCAUGCUUAGCUGAGACUCGAGCUAAUUUGUUACAAUUGUGUGUAUGCUGACAUCUCAGUGGGAUCAGUACUUUCUAAUCUAUAGGCUGAAUUAUAAAGACUUAAGAAAAGUGUCAAAACACACCAAAACAUGUUGCCCCUCACAUCCUCCAGACAGUGAACGUGCCUGGGAUUCUACCUGACAGAGAAGACCAUAUCACCUGUAUGUCAAAGCCGCUAAAGGUUUUAUUCAACAUAGUCUAUAUUCCAGUUCACAGGAUACUUGAUGUCAGAUUCUUUGGACUCGAACACAAAACAUUUUUUACUGAUAUGGGUAUAGUUAAAUUAGAUUGUGCUUAACUUAUUUGUUAUUAUUUGAGAAAUGUUAUUUUAGUUCUAAUCCAACCCAUAGAUGGUGUGUGUGUAGUGCAAAAAGAACAAAUAAGCAUUUCACUUAAAAUAAAGACCCCCUUGAUUUAUAA